CGUAAUAUCAUUGUUCAAAGAUCAGUCCUUUGUUGUAAGUUGAAGAUUAGUCUUGUGCUUCCAACACCAAAAAGCCUGCACUUUUUUAUUUUCCCCAUCUUUUAAAGAGAUGAAGAAAGGUUUUUUUUUGUUGCUGGUGAAAUGAUUGAUGUCUCUGAGUCUUGUUUUCUUCAUGUGUCAAAAGGGUUUUCAUGGUAUUGGCAUGGUGAAGCCCAUGGAGGAGAUGGUGGCCAACACAUGCACAAAGGGAGGGCCGGUUCUAGAGAGAAAAGCAAGGCCGCAGGAGCAAUUGAAUUGCCCGAGGUGCAACUCCACGAACACCAAGUUUUGUUACUACAACAAUUAUAGCCUCACGCAGCCGAGAUACUUCUGCAAGACUUGCAGGAGGUACUGGACCGAAGGUGGGUCUUUAAGGAAUGUGCCGGUCGGCGGUGGUUCGAGGAAGAACAAAAGAUCGACGACGAUAUCGACCUCGUCGUCGUCGUCACCGGCUUCAGCCAAAGUCCCAGAUCUAAAUCCGACGAGUUUACCACACUUGUUGUCGUCUCAAAACCCUAAGGCAGCAGCCCACAAAGGCCAGGACCUUAACCUGACUUUCCCGGCUAUGCAAGAGACGCGUCACGGUUUUGGUUUAUCUCUUUAUAAUGACUACCAAAACUACUACUCGCCUUCGGCUAUGGAUCUCCUCAGGGCCGGGAUGGUAUCAUCGAAGGGGCUGAAUUCUUUCGUUCCGGCACCGACCCAAGACUCGGAUACUCUUUACUCAACUCAGUUUUCCAUGCAAGACUAUAAACCGACACUCAGUUUUCCGAACGAUGGAGCUGGGACUAGGGCUGCCGGCGUGCUCAAUGGUGGAAGGGUUUUCUUCCCUUUUGGAGAAAUGAAACCGAUUUCGAGCUCUAAUGAAGUUGAUGAUCAAAACAAGGAACAAAGCAAUUCAGCUGGAUAUUGGAAUAAUAAUGGAGUGUUAGGUGGAGGAUCAUGGUAAAAGAAAUGAAGAAGAAGAAGAAGAAGGAUCAAGGAACUUCUUUUUCCUUAAUUUUUCUCUCACUCUUUUUUUCCCUUCCAGAUGGUUGAUUUGAUCAUUACUU